CUUUCACUUGGGAGAUUUAGCUCAGAAACUGGCGAGAAUCUGUGGCUCUGCAGUCAGCUGUUUCACAAGAAAAUGCCUGGUGUUGAGCCAAGAUGGCGGCCUACGACGCGGUAGUUUCAGUUUUAGUUGAGAACAAGGGGGCGGGUCUAAAACGCCAUCACAGCUGAUCUUGAGGUUUUUCCCCCUUAAGUUGUUUUUUUGCAGAGAGCAGCUUUGCAGAGAUCCACACAUAGGAACCUUUCUCUUGUUUUCUUUCUAUAGUCCAUGUUAUUUUUGAACCUUGCGUUUUAUUAAACUAGACACAUUUUGUUUUUCAGCACAGUGUCGGAUUUAAACCCCAGCGCAGCUUCAUUAUGCCACUUCUUUUCAGAAUAAACUGCUAUUAUCGCAAUUUUUCACCCGAAUACCCUUGUUUUUUUUGUCAUCCACGGUGAAUUUAGCCCAGGUCUGACCCAGUUUUAGUGCUUUCGCCUUCGCAGCAUCCCAUGUGUUAGUGCGAGCCGUCAGAGGAGAUGUUUUCGGCAGGAGAGGAGGUUAAUUCCCACUUGUUUACCUCACUGAAGGAGUCCCCUGGAGCUGCAAUCUCCCCAACACUGGAGCUCAGUCUAACUACCGUCUACACCGUCCUCUACUCCUUUCUGUUUGUUUUCGUGUACCUGCAGCUCUGGCUCAUUUUGCACUACGGACACAAGCGCUUCAGCUUCCAGAGUGUGUUUUUGUUUCUGUGCUUGCUUUGGGCUGCGCUGAGGACGACCCUCUUCUCUUUCUACUUUAAAAAUGUGGUGCAGGCCAACCAGCUGCAGCCUCUGGCCUACUGGCUGCUCUACUGCUGCCCUAUCUGCCUGCAGUUCUUCACCCUCUGCCUACUCAACCUCUACUUCACACAGGUGAUGUUUAAGGCUAAAGCCAAGUAUUCCCCAGAGCUCACCAAAUACAAGGUUCCUCUGCGCUUGUUCUUCCUGUGUCUCAGUAUAUUUUUCUUGGUGGUGAAUUUAACUUGUGCAUUGUUAGUGCAAGGAUCUCUGGAGCGCUCUGAAUCACCAAGUGAUGGGGGUAUCAGACAUGCGGUCCUGGCCCGGGUCUUAAUCAACGACAGUCUGUUUGUCCUGUGUGCUGUCUCUCUGGCCGUCUGCGUCUUCAAGAUCGCCAAAAUGUCCUCUGCCAACGUUUACCUUGAGUCCAAGGGUACAUCAGCGUGCCAAGCUACAGCCAUAGGAGCCGUGGUGAUCCUGCUGUACACAUCCAGAGCCUGUUACAACCUGGUGGUGGUGGCCCUGUCCCCACAGGACAGACCCAGCCCCUUCAGCUACGGCUGGUACAGCGUUUCUGACCAGGCUGAUGUGCAGGAGAUCAGUGGUGAAGCCUACGUUGUGUUUGGGAUCAUUCUGUUCUUCUGGGAGCUGCUACCUACAAGUUUAGUGGUGGUUUUCUUCAGAGUCCAGAGACCCAACCAAAACCUGGCUCCAGGAGGGAUGAUCAACAGCCACAGUUUCAGCUCCAGAGCUUAUUUCUUUGACAACCCUCGACGGUACGAUAGUGAUGACGACCUGUCCAGAAGCAUUAAUAACAGGACUGAUCGGGCCAGCCUCCUCUCCACCACUCCACAGCUGGGUACAUCCAGUUGGUAUGGCUCCAUCCAACGCAAUGGGACUCUGACUGCAGGCGUCGGGUCCGCCCAGCAACCGCCAUCUUCCACGGCCCCCCUCCUCUUUGCCUAUGGAAACAUCCAGAGUCACAAUCACCACCAUCACAACUACUACUCCACCCCGCAGAACAACAACUACCACCAUCAUCAUCACAGUAACUACUUUUCCACGCCACAGAAUUAUUACUGCGGGUCACAAACGUAUUUCUGCACCCCACAGAAUUAAGCAGGGUUCACCGAAAGGAUCGAAAAAGGCUAAUAACAAUUUCCUGUGUUUUUGUCACCAUUUUGCUUCCCCAGAUCAUCAAAGCAGGUACUUUUGAGUCAUAUUCUGAGGGAUUGCUUUGGACCAGGUUGGGCCUAAAAGUUGGUUGGAAGUGUGGUGGCAUCAGUAGCUAGGAAGUAGUUUUGCCAUGACUAACUGCUUUUUCAGGACGUCACUGUCUUUAAAUGGCAUGUAUGGACCAGAAUGAAGGCCAGUGCAGGCCGCACGGACCACAGUUUUAGCACUAAUAUGGCUAAUACACCUUAAACUGCAUAGACCAAACUUUUUCCGUUAAAUGUUUAUGUUUAUGUCAUCAGGGACCAGAUAAUCAUAGCUCUCAUCUUUCUUUUCUAGUAAAUUUCAUCCGACCAUGCUUUUAUGAAACGCACCAUUCUGCUCAGACAAGAGAACUCAACAUGAGUCAAACUGUUAUUGGGUUGUGAAAAACGAGUUGUGUGACUGUUUUCAAUGGGUCUGCAUAUGUAAUCAUUAAUUAGAAUAAAGAAGGUGAAGGAUACUUGCCCGCUAGCUUGAUUCUCCAUCCUUAAAAAGGCUUUUAGGUCUAGUUACAUAUGACAGGAAUUAGCUGUUGCUAAUUAGCCGUUGGCUGUUGUAGCAGUAAGAGCUAGCUUAUCGCCAACGCUAAUAGUUAGCUAAAACUCUACUAAACUAAUCUGUUUAAUCGAGAAACUCCUCAGAGGCCUAGCAAAAGAUUAUCUAAUUAUCUUCUUUUCAAACAGAUUGAUAAUUUUGGUGCCACGGAAGUAAAAUAAUUGUACAAACACCGUUAGCUAGCGUUAGACUUUAGCCUGCCUACUCAGUAGGGCCUACUGGAUUUUAGUUUAGCAUGUAAAAUACAGUUUUCAUAACUGUCUGUAAUCAAAAAUACUGGUCAGUUUAUUUCAGUGUUCACAAGUAUCAUCCAUGUAAACUGCUUACGCUACAGCCGCAAAAUGUGUGUGAAAUGUAUAUGUAGCUGCCAUAUGCAUGUUAUUGUCAAUCUCAAUAGCACAAGCUUGGAUCAAUAUAACUGUGUGAAAAUGUAACAUCUAACGAAUGCAUUUAUAAAGAAAAGUUAGUCUUGGAGGAACAGUUUCAACUGAUGACUUUAAUGACAGACACCGGCUUUAACAAAAUCUGCUCCAUUAGCAUGCCACUGCUGUUGGAUUAUUUGUAACAGCAGCCAAAUCCAGGUUUAUUUUCCCAUAAUAUAUACAAUGGAAACCAGGUGAAAAUCUAAAACGGGGAGUGCCAUACACUGAGAAGUUGCUGAAUGUUGGGGAUUUAAACAUAUCUUAGGUUGUACUGGGCAGUAGCAUUGUCAGUAUCAUUUGGACAACAUACAAUAGGUCAAUAUGAAAUUUACAGAGAAAUCAGCCCUAGUUCAUUAACAGGGUGUAAAUGUCUCUGAAACAUCCUUUUGACCAAAAACCAUCCGCUUAUAGCUGUGUGGCAACAAUUUGCACUUAGAAGUUACCCUUCAGAGAAAAAGGCUUUGGGCCUGAAUGUAGGAUUCAUCUCCUACUGUUUCUUCAAUCAUUGUCUAUAUUUAACUAUUUAUCCGUUGAUAAAGGAACUAUCAAUGUGCCAUCACAUUUUGUCAUAUCUAAUAGUUUCAUUCCUUAAGGAAAAUAUUUUUGCACAAGAACGAUUGGAUGAUGUAUUUUUAACUGUUUGUGUGUCAAUUUAAUCGAUUUCUAAUCCAUGUUUUUGAGUCUGUAUGUGUGUGAUCUUACAUAAGUUUGCUUUUAUACAUUUCUAUUUUACAUUGAUUUUUUUGUUUAGCAGAUUUUAUAGUUCAGUUUUCCUCCUGUUGUCAUAAUAUCACAAACCUUCUGAAUCUCAUGACAGACUAGCCUGUAAGCAAUAUUCACUUUGAAGGAACAUUUUUCAUUUUGACCCUGUUCUCAGACUAAUAUCAGUGUUUGUAUAUGAAACUGAAAUGUUACCCAACAUCGCAGAACUUAAACUUCAGACUUCAGUUAUCAUGAAACUCAAUCUGUAAAUUACCAUGCAAACUUUAACAAGAAAACAACUAGUUUCACAGGACACUGAAAUGAAUGAUGGAAAUGAAGCUGUUCGCCUAUUUAGGAACAAUUAACAUCUGCAGUGCAUGCUUCUGCAUCAGAGUGCAAGAGCUCAGUGUCAUAUUUUCUUUCCACGGUGAUAUCAUUCAUCUAAAGAUGUUGCUCUAUCUGCUAUAAAACGGUGAUAAUUGUUUAAUGAAUUGUUUCAUGUUAUGGAUUGUUUUAUCCGUGGCCAUAUUGAAUGUAACCUGACAGAUCACUAACGAUGUAUGCAAGAAAAGCACUACCAUGUUUAAAUAAAGGCCUACUGCACUGUUUUUAAAACAAAAACAGAAUUUGUCAAUGGAUUGUGGUGGAAAGUUUUAAUCAAGUCCUUAAACAAAUUACCAGUGAAGUCUAUACUACUGAAAUGAAGACUCUUGAGA